UGCACCAACGGUAGGUCAGCCCUUGAUUCAGCGCUCACUUCGAACUGUACCUUUUAAAUCUCGGUGGAGGUAUGGCUGCCAUCCGUAAGAAACUGGUUAUUGUUGGUGAUGGAGCUUGUGGAAAGACGUGUUUGCUCAUUGUCUUCAGCAAAGAUCAGUUUCCCGAAGUGUAUGUGCCAACUGUCUUCGAAAACUACGUCGCUGAUAUCGAGGUGGAUGGGAAGCAAGUAGAGUUGGCGCUUUGGGAUACCGCGGGUCAAGAAGACUACGAUAGACUUCGACCUUUGUCAUAUCCCGACACUGAUGUCAUAUUAAUGUGUUUUUCAAUAGACAGCACUGACAGUCUCGAUAAUAUCACUGAGAAAUGGUAUCCUGAAGUAAAACACUUCUGUCCAAAUGUUCCGAUCAUCCUUGUGGGUAACAAACAAGAUCUGCGUAAUGAUGAGCGAGCGCAUCAUGAAUUAGCCAAAGUUCGUCAGGAAUUAGUCAAAUCCGAAGAAGGUCGCCUUGUAUGUGAUCGUAUUAAUGCUUAUGGAUACUUAGAGUGUUCCGCUAAAACAAAGGAAGGUGUUCGUAAAGUUUUUGAAACAGCUACACGUGCUGCUUUAAAUACUAAACGUAAAAGAAAGAAAGGCUGUGAACUUAUUUAA